AACAAAGCACGGAGUAAAAGGACAAAAAACAAAAAGUGUCUGAAAUCCCACACUGGGACAAGUUCAUGAAGACUCAAAACGCUCACUGGUCCACAUUUUAGUCGACAUGGUCAGGAAAUGUUACCCCCAACUGGCUUGUUAAAAUUUUUACUUGCAUAAUUAACACAUCAGGACCUGUCAUGAUGGUUAAAGCAGACAUGGUUUCCUGUUGGCAUGAGGAUACUGAAUUUUUAUUUAUUUAUUUAUUUAUUUUUAAAUAACCUCGCGUGAGGCGAAAAGAAAAACAACCCGUGUGAUUGCUUAGAAGUGUCUGGUUUCCAUCAAGACAGUUUAAUGAGAUGACCACGCGAUAUCGGAUGGAAAACUGUAUAAAGAAUGCCAUUUAUUUUUCUAGCUAAACUCUCGUCGUAACUAAUGAUCAGUUUCACAGUUGCCUUAAUAUGCACUUUAAUAUGCACUUUAAUAUGCACCCAUACCGUGUGUGUGUGUGUGUGUGUGGACAGGAAAUAUACAAACUUUCCAUCUGGACUUUCAAUUUAAUACUGCACGGUUAAGCUGACCAUCACGUCUGCCUCGCUAAAAAACAAGCACGGUGUGCUCGGAAACACGGAGGUCGAUUUAUACAUCUUUCUCUUUCUCGCAACACACACAUCUCUGCUUCUCAUUAAUCCUUCCAGCCCUGCGUCUGUCUCCAUGUGACUCUUAUUCCUCCGGCGCAAGGAGUGUCCACUCCAGAAACGGCUCUUCAGGGCCCUCUUCGCCCUGAUCAUCUUCCUUUCUCUAACUCCCCCUAGUGACGAGAAAGCACAUCAUUCGCUCGUGUGAUUCUUAGCUAAGCUAUAGGAGUGAAAGAAGGAGGGAGGGAGAGAGAGAGAGAGAGAGAGAGAGAGAGAGAGAGAGAGAGAGAGAGAGAGUGACAAAGGGGAGGAGGCAAGAGAAAGUGUGAAGCCCCUCCUCUGGAUGACAUCAGCACCAGGGCUGAGGCAGAGCUGAAGGCAGAUGUAACUUCACACUUAUAGUGAGCUCCAGGCAGCUGAGCAGACCUGCUGAAUCCUCUCAACCUCUCUCUCUCCCUCGCUAUUUGCCAAGGAGUGUGUGUGUGUACGCGAGUGUGUGUGUGCGUUCUCGUGUGAAUACAUGUACGGACACAAUAACACACACGCUCAGCUCUCUCUCCUGCGACUUCUGGGCUUAUUUUCUUUGGAUUUCUAAGACCUUGGAUAUAAUACACUGUGGACUGACUCGGGUUUUUUUCUUUUUUUUUUUUGGGUUGGAGGAUAUUUCUUUAAAAUUUGCAUUAAUGCUUUGCAGGAUCUUCUCUGAGGUUACUACCAGCAUGAACCGCUGCCUGACUGUUUGACGUCGCGCUCCUAAGGAGAGCGAAGCGGUGCAAGAUGCUUUCACGGCACAGGAGAGGAUGAGCAAACCUCUUCCACCGGAGAGCCACCAGGCUGGAUAAGUUCUUCAUGCUCCUGCCACGAGAGGAGGAACACGAUUUGGGGCUAACUAACCGAGAACAAGAGCCUCCUUGGAUUUCAGCCUGCCUUUACCUGCAGGCUAAGUGGGCUCCGGGCUCUUGAUGUCAUGUCCAUUCUGUCGAAGGACAUACCGGAACCUUACAAAGGAGUCUCCCAGACUCACAAAAGGGUCUAAUUAGGGGUCCAGACCACUGCGCCGUGAAGUAAAAGGAUUCUUCACGCACUGGACUCCCUCUAUCUUUUUUCCUCCCCCUUCCCCCUACCCCCACCCAUUGCUGUUUUUUUUUUUAAUUAUCUGAAUUGCAUGCCUGCAUUAGUGCACUAGAGGUCUGUCUCGAAGCAGAGGAGUUUUCUUCAGAGGUUUAUCCACCACAAAGCCUUUGAUGGCAUGAACUGUAGACACUGCGGUACAAGGCAGGAGGUCGGCAGUACAAACAAGGAUCAGCUGGAUCAGGUUAUAACCAAAGAAGACUCUUUGGACAGUGCAGAGAAGAAAGGGGGAGCUUAAAGCAUCACUGGAUUUUUGGGUGAAAGAAGAGGAUUAACUGGCUCCUCUAAAUCAGGGAGGACAAACAAACAAACAAACAAACCGAGAACAUUAAUAAUGGCGUGCCAGUACAAGUCCUUCUUCGUCUUCUUCGUCAGAGCCGGGGUUCUCCUGGGUCUGGCCAAUCCACUGGUGACCUCAGCCUCCUGUCCAUCACAGUGCCGGUGUGAUGGGACUUUCAUCUAUUGCAAUGACCGGGAGCUGACUUCUAUUCCUACAGGAAUCCCACAGGACGCCACCGUCCUCUUCCUACAGAACAACCGAAUUAAGAGCGCAGGCAUCCCUGCUGAUCUACGGAGACUCAACGACGUGGAGAAGAUCUACCUAUAUUGCAACAACUUGGACGAGUUUCCUACCAACCUUCCUGUGAAUGUCAAGGAGCUCCACCUUCAGGAAAACAACAUCCGGACUAUCACGCAUGCCUCGUUGGCACAAAUUCCCUUCAUUGAGGAAUUACACUUGGACGACAAUUCCGUGUCCGCCGUCAGUAUAGAGGAGGGAGCGUUCCGUGACAGCAACCACCUGAGGUUACUCUUCCUUUCACGCAAUCACCUGAGCACUAUUCCCUCUGGUCUGCCCAUGACCAUCGAGGAGCUUCGCUUCGAUGACAACCGCAUCUCCUCCAUUUCUGAGGCAUCCCUGCAAGAUCUGAUCAAUCUAAAACGUCUGGUGCUGGAUGGCAAUCUCUUGAACAACAGGGGUAUUGGGGAAAUGGCCUUUGUUAAUUUGAUCAACCUGACCGAGCUUUCACUGGUGCGUAACUCCCUCACAUCGCCACCUGCCAACCUGCCGGGCACCAGCCUUGAGAAAUUACAGCUGCAGGACAACCACAUAGACAGGGUACCAGUAGGUGCCUUUGCUUUCCUACGCCAGCUGUACCGCCUGGAUCUGUCUGGCAACAAAUUGAGCAGCCUGCCCAUGGGGGUCUUUGAUGACCUAGAUAACCUUACCCAUCUGCUGCUGCGCAACAACCCAUGGCACUGCAGCUGCAGAAUGAAGUGGGUGCGAGACUGGCUGCGCUCAUUGCCCUCCAAGGUCAACGUGCGGGGCUUUAUGUGCCAAGGUCCUGAUAAGGUCAAAGGUAUGGCUAUUAAGGAUCUAGCCACAGAGCUCUUUGGUUGCUCCGAAACGGAGGUCUCUCCGACAUACGAGACCAGCACGGUCUCCAUCACGCUGCCACCAUCUCGACCCCAAUGGCCCGUUUACGUGACUAAAAGACCAGUGAUUAAGGGGCCAGACUUUGGAAAGAACUAUCGCAGUACUACGCCACCAAGUCAUAAGAUCAUCACAAUAAGUGUUAAAUCCAGCACUCCAGACACGGUGUACAUAUCCUGGAGGGUAUCUCAGCCGAUGACUGCCCUGCGACUCAGCUGGUUAAAACUGGGCCACAGCCCUGCGUUCGGAUCCAUCACCGAGACCAUCGUGCAAGGGGAUAGGACGGAGUACUUGCUUACAUCUCUGGAGCCCGAAUCCUCCUAUCGGAUAUGCAUGGUUCCUAUGGAGACCAGUAAUAUUUACCUGUCAGAUGAGACACCUGUUUGCAUAGAGACAGAAACAGGCUCCUUAAAAGCAUAUAACCCCACUACGACCUUAAACAGGGAGCAGGAGAAGGAGCCUUACAAAAAUUCUAGCCUGCCUUUAGCUGCUAUUAUAGGAGGAGCCGUCGCACUUUCGGCCAUCAUAAUGCUGGCACUAGUGUGCUGGUACAUCCACAGGAAUAGUUCUUUGUUUUCCAGGAAUUGCACAUACAAUAAAGGGCGCAGGAGGAAGGACGACUACGCGGAGGCUGGCACGAAGAAGGACAACUCCAUCCUGGAGAUUAGAGAGACUUCCUUUCAAAUGAUUCCCAUCAAUCACAUGCCAGUGUCCAAGGAAGAGUUUGUGAUACACACGAUUUUUCCUCCUAAUGGCUUAAACCUUUACAAGACUCCACACAGUGAAAACAGUAUCAACAACAGAAGCUACAGAGACAGUGGAAUACCAGAUUCAGACCACUCCCAUUCAUGAUAACGUGUGCAGAUUUAAAAAAGACGUUUUAUUACGAGCGACUGACGUCAGGACUGCCCGGUCUUUUACAAAACACACUGGAUUGAAAAGACUGAGAAAGCAAUGUUCUGUACAUUUGCCAUAUAAUUUAUAUUUAAGGACGGUUUAUUAAAAGAAACAAGGCUACAAAUUGCAGGCCAUCGCUGAGUCCUCAGUGUUGUGCUGUCAACAACUGCAAUUAUAUAUUUUAGAGGUUUGUAGUAAUUUGUACUGUACAUCCUUUGCUUAAGGUUUCAGACCAAUUAAAAAAAAAAAAAAACACACACAAAAAAAAAAAAGUCUUUGUGCUCGACUGAGAUAUCAACUGUGAAAGUGGGUUUUCUUUGCCGUGUUAAACAAUCAGAGUUUAGAGAACCUCGUAGAAGCACAGGUCAUAAUUUUCACAAUGUCGUUCUCAGAAGAAAAAAAACAAAUAAAUUUUAAAAAGGCAAAAAAUAUAUAUAUAAAUAAAUAAAAAUGGCCGACGGGAAUAUAGGGCACAGUUGAUUAAAUGGGUAGAAGAGCUUUUCUUUUUUUCCCCCCCCCGUCUUAUCUGUAUUGGACAAACAUAGACGUGUUGCGGUUUAACAGAACCUCAAAAAUAUGUUAGGGAUCUUAGUUGACAUUUCAACAGUGUUGUCAGGCUUUAAAGUCUCUGCUAUUUCUGGCAUAUGGAGAUAUACUUCUUCCUUUUGUUCCUGAGGGAGGUAGCACAGCACAGAGCCCAGUAACGUGUUCCUCAGCUGGGUACGCUUGUCCAGCACAGGACCGGCAAAGCACAGAAAUAAAUGAGAGGUGGCUACACGGUGACAGUGUUCCUGUCAACAGGGGGAAAUCCCUCAGUCGUGUACCCGUCGUACUUGUAAAUGAUGCUCUCUCUAACAGAGGAACACAAUCGGGGCGGAGAUAAAGAUAUGAUAAACAUACAUGGAUUCUUUUUUUUCUUCUUCUUUUUUUACUUUGAAUACAAGUGUGAACUAUUUUUGUUUAUAAUAAUUAUUAUUAUCAUCUGUAAUUUUUUUUUUCCUCCGAUGUUCAAGCCACUUUUAUGUUGCGACAACUGAAAGUUAAUUGUUCCUUACCAACUGAAGACCAAAGUGCAUAUAUUGCCCUUUGGCCAGUCUUGUAUGUGCCUUGAUACAAUGCUUCUUGUAUUUAGCUUUUUAAAAGAAUUAAAAAAAAAAAAAAAAAAAAAAUCGGUGAGUUAACUUUUUUCAUACACACUUGAAUAUGAUAAACUAUUGGUCAUAUUGCAAAAUAAAAGUGGACAAAAUCGACUAGGCGGCCUCCGCUUCUUUUGCACGCAUUCACAUUGCAGGGGGAGCGUUUGGAGGAUAUUGUUUGAGUGGCUAAUCGUGAAGGAGUUAAAUGAGGCACAGUGUGGAGCAAGGUUUCACAUGACUGCCAACCACAAGGGGGGGAUGUGUUUAAUAACGAUCGAGUAUACGGAAAGUGACAUGAGCCCUACUGGGGCUGCCUGUCACUACACCAGUCAGGCCAUGCACAAAGUGCCAUUCACAUUUACACACAAGCUCAGCUGUGUGCAUAUAGCUGAACAUACACACACACACACACACACACACACACACACACACACACACACACACACACACAGAGAAUAUUAAUUACAGCUCAAAUGAGUUGCUUUAGGCAGCAAAUUAGUUCCAAACUUUAAGUAUGCACCAAGCUUCUACAAUCACAGAACUUCAGAUAAAAUGCCUCAUGAGCUUAUGCUGUGUUUAAUGGUUCAGAUGUAGUUCAGCAGGGUCACACACGUGCCGACCGUGAGACAUAGUUUUAUUACUGCCGGCCAAAAAAGAAGCAUAUUUACUUUAUUUUCAUGAUUUCUGUGGACUUCAUUAGCAUUACAUUGUCACAGAGAGACGAGGACAAAUAUUAGUCCGUUUUGCAAAAUGGCCAACACUCAAAGUACAUCAUCUAGUCAUUUUAUCAACCAAAAUUAAAACAGGCCUUUAUUUAUUUAUUUAAACAAAAGCUAGCUUACUAUUAAUCUUCGAUCACCACAAAAUUGUUGCAUUUGUCACCCCCCCCCCCCUCCUUUUCCUAAAUUAAGCCCUAUUUGUUUGUUGAAGAAACAUCCUGGUACUAAAAUAUACCACCAGAAGUAAAAUACCCUAAAUAAUUUCCAAAGGAUCUAAUUUUUUAAAUAAAUUAAUUAAAUAAAUAAAUAAAUAAAUAAAUGCUGGGGUUCUGGCUAAUAUAGUUAUAAAUAACAAAAAUAAUAAUAAUUUUAAAAAAAAAACAAUUAAAUGAAAGUGUUAAGUAAUGUUGUAGAUGAUUGAUACGAGUAUUACAGACAUACUGACACUCUUGUAUCCUGGCUGGGGGAAUUUAAAAAAAAAAAGAAAAAAAAAAAAGACAUCAAA